AGGGAGGGCGGGGCGGGCGCGAGGCCGAGGCCCCGGCGGCGCGGCGCUGGGGGAAGCGCGCGCGGACUCUGCGCAGGCUGGGAGCUGCCCGCCGCGCUGCCCGGGGGACGAGGCGAGGGAGCCCGGCCGGCGCUCGAUCAAUCAUGAUGCUUUGGUCCACACGCCCUGAAGAAGACUCUGCUACCAAAGUCUUUAUUUCCAGCUAAAUAUACCUGGCUGUAACAGCUGCCAUGGAAACGUGCUGUACAGAGGAUGCCGUUGGAACCAGCUCUCCAUCUGUCAUCUGCAGGCAAGUUGAGGGAGGAGACCAGAAGCAGGAGGAGAGCAGAGUAGGUGACCGGCCGCCUGAGUGGAGCGAUGCUUCUGUCGCGGCUGUGGAGCAGGCACCCCCUGGCAAGCUGAAGAAAACUGCCUUCAAGCUCUUUGGGGGGAAGAGGAGCAUAUGCACCCUGCCAAGCUUCUUUGGAGGAAAAAAUAAAGGCCAAGGGAAGGGAGCCUCCAAAAAGGGUCUCAGUAAAAGUAAGACGCACGAUGGGAUCAGCGACGUUGGGUAUGAGGAUGUGAAAGGGAGGUUGCGGUUGGACAGCCCCUUGAAUGGAGGGAUGGACUCGCAUCCUCGCCAGCUGCCAAGCUCUCAGAGCGCUCACUUGGCAACAGACGCCAGCAUCAAAUUUGAGUUUGGCAGGCAGGAGAGCUCUCCCCUGGGGAGUGCCGAGGGCUUUGAGAAAAAGCCCAAUGGAGACAAAUCGUUGUCCUUCCCUAGACCCAAAAAAGGGCUGAAGGGGCUUUUCAACAGCAUCCGGCGCCACAGAAAGAACAAAGCUGCUGAGUCUGAGAAAGUGGAGUGGGCCGCUGAUUGCGGGGAUGGAGAGCAAGCCAAGAAAACUCAAGGGGCGGGGGCUGAAACCCAGCGAGCCUCUGAGGAGGAGAGUCCAGGAGGCACCCCUUUCCCUGCACCAUGCACAGGGAGCUUGGAUGGUAAUUGCUCACUGAACACAACGACCAACCUUGGAGAAAACACUGACUGGCUCGUGGCUGCUCAAAGUAGCUCGGAAGGAGAUGCAGCAAUGGUGCCUGUGGGCAAAGACAAUAUUCUAGAUGUGAAAUUGGACGCAGAGACUAUUGUCUGUGCCAGCUCACCCUACGGUGGCCUCCCUGAAGCACACCAUCCUGACUACCCAGACAAUGACCCCCCUUCAGUACACUCUGGAGACCAGCUCAGCUUGAUCUUUGGAGAUGUUACUUCCCUUAAAAGUUUUGAUUCCCUCACUGGGUGUGGAGACAUAAUUGCUGAGCCAGACAUCGACAGUAUUGCUGAGAGCACGAUCUCCAUGGAGCGCAGUAGAGAUGCUGCCAAGAGAAGCUCAUGCCUUGUCACUUACCAGGGAGGAGGGGAGGAGAUGGCCACGCCGGAGGAGAUAGAGGAGUACCUCCAGCAGCUGUGGGAGGGCACCACCGAGGUGGACAGCCGCUACGAAACCAAGCUGCCUCAGCCCAUAAACAGUCCCAAGCUGCAGGGAGUGAAUAGCAAGCUGGAGACUUGCGGCUUGCGAGAGGAGGUGGCCCAUCUGUACGCUGGAGGUGUGAUGGAUGAUGUAGAGCUCUUAACGCCGCCCAGUGACCAGCAAGAAUCUGCUCCCAAUAGCGACGAGGGUUAUUAUGACUCUACCACACCGGGGCCAGAGGAUGAACUUGGGGAAAUCAAGAAGGACCGUCUCCCAAGAGACAGUUACAGUGGUGAUGCACUUUAUGAGUUUUAUGAGCCCGAUGACACCCUGAUGAGCCCCUCUCUCGGGGACGAAUCCUUAUUUGAGAGCAAAGCAUCUCAUCCAGAGAUCUUCAGCCAUUUCUUAGAUUUUGCUGUCCCUGCUGAAAAGAACCUUAUUCAGAUGAUGGGGCAGAGCAGUGGAGUGAUGGAGACUGAGGAAGAGAGGCUGGCUGCUAUUCAGAAACAGCUGCUGUAUUGGGAGCUUCAGAGGGAACCAGUUGCAAAACGGCUGGACAUCCCCAGCAAAGAGAAAUGUCCCAGAGACCAGCAAUACGUUGAAUGUAAUACUAGAGCAGCCAAAUUGAUUGGCAAAAAUCAGAGUUGCCUUGGUAGUGAGCAAAUUGCUUCUCCAGUUUUGAGCAGAAAUGUAGAUGCUGGGAUUUCAGUGUCCGGACUGGAAAAUCCUGAGUGGAGGGACUUUCAAGGGACACUGUGUCCAGAAAAGUAUUACAAUGGCCAAAAAGCCCAAGGAAGUUGCCUUAUUCAGCUCAUGAAAAACAACUCUGUGUUUGAUUCUGAUUUGGAUCAUGCAGUGUUUGGGGAACUACGUAGCUUAGUCCCAGCUAAAACUGUGACUGUGACCUAUCCCAGCUACAGAACACAUGACCCCGAUAGCUGUUUGCAAAAUGAACACCACAGCAGAGUGGAAAACUGCCUCAGGGAACCCCAGACAGAAAGUGAAUGUGAACCCGAGCAGGCUGUUAACUUCUCUCAGGCGCUGGUUGAGUUCACUAGCAGCGGCACUCUCUUCUCCAGCCUUUCUGAAAGCCUUGGUAGCUCUGAUUCAGGUUCUUCCUUCACUCAGAACCUUUCUGUCCUUCCAACCAUGGUCACUUUUGACAUAGUGGAUGUGGAGCAGGAAGGCGAGGGAGAAUGUGAGCAGCAUCUGGAGAUGAACGCUGACGAGGACAUUGCUGCAUCCUUUGAGGCCUUUGAUGACAGCUACGUGCAAAAGGAGUCCUUUGCCGAAUGUGAUGAACGAAUGUUCCCGGGGUAUCCCCAAGACUCUUUCCAGAGCUGUAACUGGGGUGUUGGCAGCCUUCCCCGUCAUUUGCGCCUGCAUGGCUUGAGCCCCUCCCUGCCAGCACCGCUCUCCAUCAACAGAAGAAGCAGGUCACUUGAUACGGAGAGCUUGGAGUUGGAGCUUGCAGAUAUGCCUCUCUCCAAGAAUGGCCUUAAGCCUUGUCAGCUCUGGUCCAAAUGGGACAGUGGCAAGAAGGACUCUGUCCCCAGGGUGAGCAGAAGCAAGGAGAGCAUUCAGCUGUCUCCUUCCGAAGGAGGAGAAGCUGAUGGGGUACUUACCUGGCCAGGGUUGCAGCAUGUGGAGUACAAAGCCGAGCUUUCCUCAGGGGGAGAGAAACCGUGGAGCUGUACUCCGACUGCAAGGGCUGCCGUUGUCAAAGGCAGCUGGGAUACAUCUGAGCAGUCAGAAGUGGAUUCCCGUUACAUGUCCCUUGGAUGGAGCAAUGCCAGGGAGAUUCCGGACAGGAUGCCCCAGGAUACUGGGGCCAGUAAUCUAAUGCUUCAGACGCCUAGACACAUGGUCAGACCAUCCAAUUUACCUCUGCAGACUGAUACAAGAGAGGCCCAAGAGGUGUCUAGCUCCUACAGGCACAGGAUAAGAGUGAGAGAGCCACAGAUGAACUCCAUUAAAGAUUCCGGCUGUGCAACCUCAGGAAACUGGUACUUCAUUUCUCCUUUCCUUCUCGGGGAUCUGAGGUGCCAUUUGAACUUAGCAUCAACCACAGUGAAAGGAACUGGCACAAGAGGAGGCCAAGCCAACUUGCCCCUCCCACAUGGCAGCAGGCCAUUCACCUCCUUUGGACAAUCGGAAUGACCUCACUCCUAGUGGUGUGGGCCUGAGAGUGGCCAAGUUCUCGGGUGCACAAAGCCGAAAGAGGCGUCUCACUCCUGGCUGGGGAGCAGCUGAUAGAUUAUACUUUAGAUGUGGAAAAUCGAUGUAAAGACGCCACUUGGCUGGGAACAAGUUGGGGAGAACUGAGAUCUGGCAGCUUUUCCCAGCUCAUUGUUGUGUAAGGGGAAGUGAGUCAGAAUGCAGGGAGAGGGGCUGUUUUUUUAGCUAAAUACAGCAAUUAGUUUACAUCCUGUGGUAAGGAUGUUUUUUUAUUUUGUUUAAAACAAAACAAAAACCCCUAGGAAAGGUCCCUCGUCCAGCCCACUUGCAGGGCCUGCUCUCUCCCUCUGGCUCCAAUGCCUGAGGCCUGGGCUUUUCUCUUUGGGAUUGAAGGAUCAUCUUUUUCUCUGGUUCCUGGAGCCUUUUGCUCUAGUGUUCGGUCUCCUGCAGGACUGGCCAACACGGGGAAGUUAUUAAUGGGGACAUUUGAGGUCAAAAUUAGGGACCUACCUUUUAACUCCAUUGAAAGACACAGGGCCCAUAAAGAUUGCUGAAGGAGAGGGUUGAGAAAAUGGUAAACGUUUGGCUCAGAACUAGGGCUGGUCUCUCUCCCAUAGGGACAAUCAGGACAAUAAUAAUUAAUACCACAAACCGCCACUAGCCCUCAAUGCACAGUUUAUUAUUAAAGUCCUGACCCUGCUAUGAACUCCAUGCAGCAGGGAGGUCACCCAUGUGGAGCUGAUUGCAGGGUCAGGCUGUUUGGAGCAGGGAGCUUGUCUGCAGCUGUAAAGCACCCAGCAGGCUUUACUGCUACACAAAUGACAAUGUUUGGCUAGAACCCUGCAGGAAAUGCUAGAACCCUGUUGAUACCAGGAGGACAGGCUUUAUUGUGGUGUUUUGCCACUUGUCAUUCUGGUCCUGGGGUUCUUGUUUCAUACCACCUGGGUUUUGGCCUUUGUCUACGGGGAAACCACAGAACAACCAGGCACAUUUAGUCACAAAGACCUUUACUUUGAAUGAAAGGAACCCAAGUAACAUUCCCAGGAAAGAGCCCAGUAUGUACUUCUGCGCCCGUCUGCUCUGAGCCCCGAGAACAAAAUGGUGGCUGAACUGAAAUGGUGCUUAGAAAUUAAAAGCUGCAGUAUUCAGAAAAUAAAAGGGGUUGCUAUUUCAAAGCUACACACACCACAUAGUUGACCAUCCCUUGUAAGACGGAAAAAGGCUUUUGCGGUGUUUACUUUUGACUUGUGGUUUAAAGGGUGAAAUGAGACUAGGAGCUAAUGGGAUGUCUCAGUGAAAAGCAGUCAGCAAGGUCUACUCAUUUCUCCCAAGAGUUAGUGCUUGCAUCAAGAAAGCUAAGUAAGUUAAAAGAAUCAGAAAGCAAACGGAAAUCAGCCCAGUCCCUUGGCCCUGGGGAUGGAGCCCUGACCUUCCCAAAGACAUUGUCCUCACCACCUGUCCACAAAAAAUUCAUUCAUAUGGCUCUUCUGCUGACAGUCCUGAGCUAGAUCCAGGUCAUGUCCCUGCACCCUGUUACAGUGACAUGGUGGUUUAGCGUAUGGCUUUGAUUUGUAGAGCCCUGAAUGAGCUAGAAUAACCUCUCUCCCUAUGCACUGUCGCAUCAGUCAAGGUCAGCUGAGAUGCUCCUGGUGAGAGUCCCUAGAUGUGAAGUCUCCACAACUGGGGAAAGGACAUGUUCAGUGGAGAACUGUGGAUCCUCUCUGGCUUUCAAUCAGAGAUGGAAAUUCCUUGAGAGAUCUUACUGUGUUAAGUGUGUGUAUCAUUGUGGGCCAGGGGGACCACAGGACUCCAGGAACUAAGCACAGUGGGGGGUAAUUGGGUAAAUUCACUCAGGUAAAAACACCUCUGAGAGGUACCACCACCUGGAGAGGCUUGUGUAUACUGUUUUAAACUGGAUUCUCUAGAGACCAACAGAAAAAAAAAAAAGAAAAGGACUUUUGGACAAAUAGCCUGAAUUUAAAUUGACUCGGGUCCUUUUUUCUGAUCCAGCAAAUGGACAGGACCUUCCAUUCAAGGGACCCCAAUCCUUUCUGGGAAGGGUUGGAAGGACUUGACCUGCUCAUGGGGUGUUUAUUCUGAGCUAAGAGCUGUUCUGAGCUUGCGACCACAGAAAAAACCCUUGGUGGGGUUUGAAGGCCUGAUCACCUGCCAUAGCCCUUGUUGGAGUUAGGGUGACCUCUGACAAGGUGAUUAGCAGGCAUGUAGGUUCUUUUAUGUUUUCUUUGUAGUGCUUUCUUAGAAAGGGCUGUGUGGUGACUUCUAACUGAGAAAGGUGAUGACUAGGAGCCAGAAGCCUGUAAGUUGGGGACUUUUGGUAGACCAUAGAGGGGGAAUAGAGGUGCAGUUGCCCUAAACUGUGAAACAGGGCUCUGCUGGCUUUCACAGCAUAAUGCAUAGCACGCUUUUGGUUGAAUACUUGACUAUGAUUCCAAGCUCAGGAGGUUUUCUCUGUAGGGCUUAGAGGUGGUUGGUUGAAUGAAUGGCUUUUCUUGCUGUCCGUUGUAAGCAUUCUGAAUGAAGUUGUUGUUUUAAAAUAGAAAUGGAGCUGAGCUGCAGAAGACAGGUCCAGAUCUGAACUGCUCCAAAGCUUGGGGUUGUUUUGAUCAGUCCCGUGACUUAUUAAUAAACAGUGCUCCCAGAUGUGUUAGCUAUAUGUGCCUAAUAAAUCUCUUCAGUUAACAGGAGCCUGGGCUCCCAUAAUGACCUAUAACCCUGUACAAAAUCAGCCCCCUCUCACUGUUGAUAUUUUAGAUAGAUAUUGUUUUAAUUAUCUGUCAGUGACCGACCGUUAUUAGACAAUAAAUUUGCAUCUUGUUACCGCUGUCACUGAAAUGUUAUGCAAAGAGAUCUGCUUGUAAAAGCUUGCCUGACCUCAGAUUUCAUCAUAUCUGUUAUGACACACUUUUAAUCAGUCCUGUGGAAUUCCAUUCCCGCACUUGCCCUGGACAAGUAAUGUUUUUUCUGUUGAUUUGUUUUGACCAGCAAGUAAAAGAUCAUCAAUCACUAUUGCAAAAGUGGACAAGUACAUUUUCUUUGACAGUUUUGUAAGGCUGAUGCACACGGACAGCUGGAUGUUGAGCAGCAAGUAGGAACCCUCUGUUCUGCAGGCACCUGGAGGAUGGCUGUUUCCAUGCUUCCAGCGCAGAGCUCCCAUGCUAGUUGAAGUAGUGGAUAUUUUAUCAUGCCUAAUGAAUUUUAUAGGAUGGUAAAUGACUAUUUCUUCUGAAUGCUCUGGAGGAGAGUUAGCCUAUUAGCUUUUCACCUCUAGAGACUGAGGAUCCAAUCCUUUGCUCAGGUCACACAUGAAAUGAGAUUGGUAGGUCUCAAUCUAGUCCCUCUGUGAGCAUAUUGCAAAACUACCACACAUAAUUUGGCAGAGUGGGAAGGGGCAGAAAUAUGAGUUGGUGCUCCAGGUCAUGUUGGAGAAGCACUGAGAGAGCUGAGUGGUGAUGCUUACACUAUGCUUGGCUCAAGUAGCUGCUGUCAGUACCUCUCUGAGCACUAAAUUCCCUGACAAAUGUAGAAAUAUGCCAACAGAUCUGGGAUUACCUGUGCUUAUUUUCCCCAAUAUUGUUUGCAGACUGAACCUACCCAGAGGGUAUCACUUUAGAACAGCAGGGCGCGAAUUAUCAGUGCAGCACAUAUGUGUUUCAACCAUGAGUCCCUGCCGUGACAUUCAAGAUGUGUAAGCUGACACCUGUAUUUUCUAGACAAAACCUAUCCCCAGGAAGUCAGCCAAAUCCUGGCAAUUUUAAUACUUAGCCACCAGAGGGCAUCAAUAAUCAAUACAGCGUUACAACUCUGUUUUGUAUUGUCUAUUGCCUGUAGAGAGCAGGAGCAGCAAUAAUGUCCUGUAUUCUCAAGGGAUCAAGCAGAGAAAGGGUUUCAUUAAAUUUCCUCAUGAGGAAGAUGACGAAGCCUGAAAGUAUGCCCCAAUUUAAAGAGCUAUUUGUCGGUCAAAAUAAGUGGAGGUUAGAGAAUGUGCCAGAGGAUGCAUUAUAUGAGGUCCUCCCUACCCCCACAAACACCUUUAUAUCUAGUGAUUUAGAGGCUUUCAACACCAGGAUGAAUUCCUUAGUUCUCUCCCAUUGGGUUUGAAAAAGGAGCACUCACGUCCAAAGCCUCAGCUUGUGAAAUGAUCAAAGGUUCGGUCACAACAACAGUUUGUUGCCCCAGGGAAUGCACACAGGACAGGUAAUUCAAAUCCUCCCUCUGGCGGCUAAUACUUCCCGUUUGAGCAUAAGGCAAGCCGUUUACCACCUGCGCCAGCUGUAAAACUGGGAUAACCCAUACCUCUCUCGCCCAUGGUUUAUUCAGUGAUUAUCUGCAACGAAUUUUUGAAGACUAAAAAAGAAAAGUGCCAGCUACUGGGUGAGUUCACUUAUCAACACCUAGACACAACCCAUUGACCACUGAAGAGACUGGGUUUUCCCUGACUCAGUAACUCGCACCCAGAAGGAUCCAUCAAGGCAGUGAGCAUAGACCUGAGCUAUUUGCUGUAUUACUUGCUAAAUGCAUUUUAAGAAACCCUCGUAAGUGCCAUCCAUUCCACAAGAACAAAAUUGUGCAUGAAAACAGAAUAAUUUGCUUGCUGGCUAGUGCUAUUUUAUGAAUGAAGCCCAGCAGCAUUUCACUCAUUCGGGGUGGGGUUGGUUAGGUCAUUGCUGUUGUCUUCCUUUUAGUUUUGGAGGGUUUUUUUUCCUUCAAAAUCGGACAAUUUUAAUGAAUUCUCCAGGGGAUACAGACCCUUGAAUUUCUAGGGUUUGGAAUUUUUCUGGGAAUAUUUUGGAUGACCCCUCCCCCGCUAUUAGUCUUUCCAAUGUAAAUGACAUCUGGGCACUGAGAUGAGCCCAGGGUGGCUUGCUGCUCUCACCUUUCUGCCAAGGAAUUUGUACAAUUUCCAUGGAGCUCGAGGAAGCUGUUCGCGUUUCCAUGUCUGGUGCUGGCAGAGCCAUUCAGGCUUUUUCUCGACAUUGUGCAAAGACAGUUUUAUUCCCCUGACUGCACCUUUGUCCCUGAGGAGCCCCUUGGUGGGGCUUAGAAGGAACAGGCUGUUGAAAGCGAGGUCAGUGCAGGAGAAUGAAACAGAGGAAACCUUUUCCGUAGCCGGGGCAGGGAUCUGAUAAUGUGUUGGGGAAACAAGGAAAACGUGAAGCCAAAUCAGUAGACAAAUGAAUUGCUUUUUGCUAGAGUGGUUUCGUUAGUCAGGCCCAGGGGAAUUCAUAGAUUCAUAGAUACUAAGGUCAGAAGGGACCAUUAUGAUCAUCUAGUCUGACCUGCACAACGCAGGCCACAUAAUCUCACCCACCCACUCCUGCGAAAAACCUCACCUAUGUCU